UGCCAUUUGCAACCAUUCCCCAAAACAAAACAAUUUGCCAAGUAAAAACCUCUUCCCACAUAACAUUGCUGUUUCAUUCAAUUAUUAGCUUCUCUCUCGUUGUUUUUUUUUUCUUCUUCUUCUUAUUACGUUAUUAUUCCAAAUCUGGAAAAACAAAAACAAUGUUUCUUUGAUUAUUAUUAAUACAUUCAAAUCUCAUCAAACCAUUUGAAUCUCAUACAUAACAAACUCAUCAAAAUCUUUUGUUUUUCUUCAUCCAAUCUUUGAUUCUCUCUCUAGCCAAACACCACAUAGAAAAAAAGGGUGUGUGUGGGGGCAAAUGGGGGCAUACAGAGCUGAUGAUGAUUAUGAUUAUCUGUUCAAGGUUGUUCUGAUUGGUGAUUCUGGUGUUGGAAAAUCCAACCUUUUGUCUAGAUUCACCAAGAAUGAAUUUAGCCUUGAAUCAAAAUCCACCAUUGGUGUUGAAUUUGCAACCAGAAGCAUUAGGGUUGAUGAUAAGGUUGUCAAGGCUCAGAUUUGGGAUACUGCUGGCCAGGAAAGGUACCGAGCAAUUACAAGUGCAUAUUAUAGAGGAGCUGUUGGUGCUUUACUAGUGUAUGAUGUUACACGCCAUGUUACAUUUGAAAAUGUGGAGAGAUGGUUGAAGGAGCUGAGAGACCACACAGAUGCCAACAUUGUGGUGAUGCUUGUUGGGAACAAAGCAGACUUGCGUCAUUUGCGAGCAGUUUCAACUGAAGAUGCAACGGCUUUCGCUGAAAGAGAGAACACAUUUUUCAUGGAAACUUCUGCCCUCGAGUCCAUGAAUGUCGAAAAUGCCUUCACUGAAGUGCUGACGCAGAUCUACCGUGUUGUGAGCAAGAAAGCCCUUGAGAUUGGUGAUGAUCCAGCAGCACUACCAAAAGGACAGACAAUUGAUGUUGGAUCUCGGGAUGAUGUAUCGGCUGUGAAGAAAUCUGGAUGUUGCUCUGCUUGAGUUUACAAUAAAAGUUUCUGUAUUUUUACUGUAAACCUCUAUGCCUUGUUUAUAUCGAUGUAGAGAUCAGUCUUACGCCCUUACAGCGUGAAAAUGAUUGUCUAAACUCUAAAGAGCAUCACUCUGAGCUUUCGGCGUAGAAAAAUUUGUUCAAUAUUAGUUAGAUGUUUAGGAAACAUGCUCUUUAAUUUUGUUUUGUUCUUGUCUCUGUUGAAGAAGUUCAUUUAUCUAAUUUCAGGUUUAUUGAAUAUUUACAAUGACUCGUUUGGAUUAGUUUGUUCUUUGUUGUAUAUCAGCAUUUUUAGCUGAGAUAAGUAUUUGGUUGGGAAAA